AUGCCACACCCUCCGCAUUCAGAGAAACGAGAAGGGAGUAGGGUCCUUGAAGCGUUUCUGCGAUCGUAUACCGGGGCUCAGCGUGCAGAAGGAGUGCAGAACCAUCGCGAAUAUGGACAUUACCCAGCAGCAAACGAGGCACGUGAGCGUGUCCAGUACGAGGUGGACGCGGCGAAGAGGGCGAUAGAAGAGCUCAACGCCUUUUACCAGAACGUUGCGACUCAGUGGGCCACCCCGGAGAGCCGCGUUCUCGGCCACGUCGUCCUCUCUCCUCCCAUCAACGCUGGCGAGGGUUACACCGAGGACUGGGCCAUCAUCGAGAUCGACACCUCCAAGGUGGACGCGAGCAACUUUGAAGGCAAUGCGAUUGACCUCGGUACCCGCAUCUCAAGCUACAACCUCACUCGUAUGAUGAACCCCAAGCCCCCGCAUGACCAUCCCUUUGAAUAUCCAUUUGACCGACUUGUGCGGCUCGAGGGCACGAUUCCGGACGAGGAGAUGCGGCACCCGACUGUGCUCGACAAGAACAAUGAGCCGUGCCUUAUGGUGCUCAAGCGCGGCAACACCACCGGCCUGACUGUCGGCCGUGCCAACAACGUUUUCUCCUACGCCCGUAACGACUAUGCUGAGACGUCCAAGGAAUGGGCGAUACUCCCGUUCGACUCCAAGUCGCACGCGUUCUCGAAGACGGGCGACUCAGGUUCUGUCAUCGUCGACGGUCUCGGACGCAUCGGUGGCCUCCUCACUGGUGGUAGUAGUGCGAAACCUUCCGAGGACAUCAACAUCACGUAUGCCACACCCAUCAGCUUCCUCCUCAAGCGUAUGCAAGAAAACGGGCUCCGCGAGCUCAACGUCAACCCGGUCAGUUUCGAUGACCAGCCUCUCGUUUGA